AUGGCGCUAGCGGAUCAAGGGGAGCGCACAGGAUCUACCUGCCACGUGUCACCAUCAGCUGAAAAAGAAGUCCUCAAGGAAGGCACUGAACACUCUGGGCUACAGGAGCAAUUGGCCCAGCUCCAGAGUGAGAACCUUUCUCUCUGCCAGCAACUGGAAGAGAUGCAGACCCAGCAGCUCAUCAGAAAAAGUAUUGUGAAUGUGGCACAGGACUGGGUUAAUAACAUCUCCAAGAAUUUCAGUGCUGAUACUCAGAAGAAAGUUAACCUCCUGGAAGAGAGAAACAAGGAGAUAAAUGCUGAGUACAAUGAUUUAAGAGAGCAAUUCCUUAAAUAUGAGGCUGACAAAGUAGAAAGAGAGGGCACAAUCAGACAGCUGCAGCAGGAGCUUGCUGAUGCUCUUAGAAAGCUGGCUGUGGCAGAAGCUUCCCUGGAAGUUAACAUGUACCACUGCAAGAACCUGGAGGAAACCAAGCUGGGCUUGCAGAAGGAAUUGGAAGAGGUUAAAACCAAGUGUCAGCAGCUGGAAAAACGACGACUUCAGUCUGAGGGCUGUGUUCAUGACUUGAAGAUUGCCUUGGAAACUGAGGAAAGAGACCAGAGAGUCUCUCAUCAGAGACUGCAGCUCCUGUUGCCAUCUUCUGAGAAUACUGACAUGAAACAACUGGAGGAACGAGUGCAGUGUGUCAGACUGGAAGCUACAGCCCAGCAGCAAAGCAGUAGAAUUGAGGCCCUUCAGAGAGACCUGCAAGGCUAUGCCCAGGAGCAGGCAGCCUCCAGGGACACCCUGGGACAGAUCAAAAACAGUGACCCUGACACACAGAGAAAGCAGCUGAAGCACAGAAUUAGAGAUCCUGAAUGUGACUUGAACAUAAAAAUUACCCCUCAAGCAAGUACUGCUGGAACAGAAAAAUAUGAAAAGCUGCACCUGGAAGAAACAGUAAGAGGAAGAUGCCUAGAAGACAAAUUGGAAAGAGCUGCUGAGAAACUCCCAGAAGCCAAAACUCUUCUCCUUGUGAAUCCCAGAAGAAGGCAGCCUUCAGUCAUUAGGAGCUUUCACAGUGGAGGUCUGGCUGCAAAUCCUGUUUGGUCUUCAGUGGAGCUGGGACAAUCUUGCAACACUUUGAGCAGACAGUCAAGACCAGGAGAAAGCUUCCUGAGUGCCUCAAUGAAUGCCUAUUUGUCAAGAAAGAGGCUUGCAGACUUUUUGACUUGGGCCAACCAGAAGCUGACAAAGAAAAUCUCUGAAGAAAUUGAAAAUGGUAAAGUGUCAUGA